AUGGAGGAAGCCGGCGGAAGCACAAGCACAGCAUCGCCCAACGAACAGCACGCAUCGAAGAAGCCGCAUGGCUUGGCCCUAGCUUGCCGAGCCAGCCUGCCCUGCCAAAUCUCCACGCGGAAACCCAGAGCAAAGAUUGCCAAAACGGCCGACGCAGAACUGAGGACCCGAAUCGCGAAACUCGAAAAGCUCGUUCAGAGCUUCCAGGAUGAAGACGGAAAGCUUCCCAGCGCUGAAGACAUCAAGGCCAUCAAUCAACUUGGCCACACUAAGGACAACAGUCGACGCGCGACCCACACGCCGUCCUCGAUCAACGCGCCUGUGACCUCAGACCAUGCCAGUCCUUCAAGUCCGAUAGACGCCACUUCCCCGGCCACAAGUAAAUACGUUGCUGGCUCGUUCUGGUCUACCCUCACUUCCGAGGUCAAGGCUCUGGCUGAUGCAUUUGAGGAGGAUGGCCCGAACAGUGACCCUGACACCUCGCCGGAAACCACUCCACCCGCACCCUACGCACUGGACGCAACUAGCAUCACUGCACAGUAUGAGCUCAUCUUCUGUCCUCCUGGAGCUCUAUACAUCAUGCCUGGAGCAUUGGUCGAGCCGGAACCUGCUAUUGCCUUGGAUUUGUUGAAUGCAUACUUGAAUUACGUCGACCCAAUAUAUAAGCUCCUACACGUACCAACUUUGAAAGCUUUCGUGGCCGAUGGACAGCCUUACAUGAGCCGACCGGCAGAUGCGCCGUGCAACAAAGCCUUGAAAGCGGCCAUAUGGUUUGCCGCGGCCAAUGCAUACACGGAAGAGGAAUGCGAGUCAAAGUUCGGGAAAUCAAAAGAUCUGGUGGUGCUCCAGUACAGACGAAUGGUUGGCAUUGCCCUCUAUCAAGCAGAUCCACUGAACACGACUGAAGUGGCAACCAUUCAGGCGUGUGCCCUGUAUAUCGCAUCAGCUAGAAUCACAGAUCCAAGCCGGCGAGCAUGGUCAUUGGUAGGAGUGCUUGUCCGAAUUGCGCGAGCAGUCAACAUCCACCGGGAAAUGCGAGGCGAAUCAAUCUACAUGACCGAGAUGAAACGCAGACUGUGGUACUUCAUUGUUUUCCUGGACUCUUAUUCCUCGAUAGAUCGUGGCUCAGAACCAGCAAUUCAUCCAGACACCUACAAUCGACGAUUACCGACCAAUGUCAACGACCAAGACUUUGGCGAAGAUAGUACCACCAUAACUCCUCGCCUGAACGAAGUCGCCGAUAUGACCUUAUCCCUCAUUUCAAUGGAGGCAUCCGACUUGACUCUGCGGCUUGCCAUUCCGGAAGAUAUGCCAUCUGGGCAGCCUUGGCAGAAGCGUCUUGAGAUCGCCUAUGCCUUCCAGAAGAAGAUCAACGAGCAGUAUCUCCGGCAUUGCAACAUGGAAAUUUACCUGCACAGAAUCGCAGCUGGCACUGGUGCGGCGGCUUGUCAUUCGCUCAUAUUGCGCGCUGUCAGACCUAUGCAGCUGAGUCCAAAUCACAGUGCUCCCAGAGUCGAUUCGCCCUGGGUCAUCGAGCUGGCACUCAACAUUCUCCGUCAUUGCUACAGCCUUCAAGUUGAUAUUUCCGGUCGCUGGAGGCGUAUGCCGUGGGUGCCUUGGCACGGCAUCGCAGUUGCUUUAGCUGGACUGUGCUCAAUAAGGGACACUCCACUGGCUGACGAAGCCUGGGAAUGGGUGGACAAGACCAUGGCGAUAUAUGCUCCUUCAGUAGCAGACACCAAAGACGGCAUGCUUUGGAAGCCACUCGAGAAGUUGAGGGCAAAGGCCGCAGCCUUCAGAGACGAACCGAAGAAAAAGUCAAUAUCGAAGCCCUCGGCAGCAGUACAGCAACCUGCGGUAUCACGACCAGUCCCCAAUGCGAACAUGUGGAACGGUGGAGGCCAAUUCGGCAACAUGCAAAUCCCUGAACCGACCUUGAAUGUGGCCACUGCGCCGUUCCCGAACGAUAUGACAUUGGAUCCUCUCACAACGCCCAUAUCAGCCUCUGUCUUUGACUUCCCUCCUGAUAUGGCGGCGACUUUACCCACAGAUACCAGCUGGCUGGAUUGGGAAGGUAUCCUGCAAGACAUGGAAGAUGUUCGCACGGAUGGCGUAAGAUGGAUGUAG